GACAUUAGACUCUCACUCUCCUGUUUCAUUACGUUGGCUCUAUGUUUUGUCAGCCAAGGAUACAAGAGAAGUAUGCUCAUCAUGCAUGGGACUCGAUAACACAGCAGCAUAGGACAUAAUGGCCUUUAUCUCCCUCUCAAUCACAAGUAACCAUUCGUUCCAUGAAACCCAACAAACACAUAGCAAUCAUAAACAAAACCCACACUUUGUAUUUCCCUCAUUUAUUCAUCUUCCUUCAAAUUCCCCAUCAAAACUCAAACCCCAUUUUCCUAUUUUCUUCCAUUUUUUUUGACAGCUUUUGUUUAUUCAAAACACCCCAUCUCAACCGGCUGAAACACGACAAGCAUCACCUUUCAAACAUCUUCUGUCGCCUGCUGAAAUGGAGUUCCGAUCUCGACACUUGACAUCUCCCAAGAUUGUUACGAUCCCUUGGAUCCUAAUGGAAACAUUACCAUUACUUAUGAUAUUCAAACUUGGACCACUCGUGGAUAUGUGAUAGGAAAGCUAUGAACUUUAUGGCCAACUUGUCAUUCUCAGGGGAGAGUUACUGUCCAAAACUACUAUCAGUUCCGGCAUGUUGAGAAUCCAGGUUGGAAGUUGGGGUGGACAUGGACGAGGGGUGAAGUCAUCUGGUCAAUGAAUGGAGCUUUUGCAACCGAACAGGGGAAUUGCUCGUUGUUCAAAUUUGACAUCCCACAUUCCUGUGAGGAUAGCCCUGUCAUUCUUGAUCUCAUGCCGGAGGCAUCACCGGAGAACAGGUCGGAAGGUUGUUGCCGCAGUGGGGUUCUUUCUGCUUGGGCUGUGGAUCCUUCCAAGUCUUUCUCUUCGUUUGAGAUCUCAGUGGGGAGCACGGACGAAGAUGGCAAUGAGCAACCACCCGUCAAUAUUACUCUCAUGGCACCUGGUCCUGGUUACACUUGCAGCCCGUUUUUGGACUCUAGUCCAACUAUUUCUUCUGUAAUUGAUGGCAAAAGAGAAGUUCAGGUUUUCAGAACUUGGAAAUCAACAUGUACUUACUCCAUAUUUGUGGAUAACAAGACACCAGUCUGUUGUGUCUCACUCUCAGCGUUUUACAAUCCCUCCAUCACACCUUGCCCUUCAUGCAGCUGUGGAUGCAGAAAAGCAAGCAAAAGUUCUGUUCAAUGUACAAGAGACGAAUACCAGUUGUCAUCCACGGAUUCUGCUACUAAUCUUUCCUCCGUACGGUGCUCAGAUCACAUGUGCCCGGUUCGAGUGCAUUGGCAUGUUAAGACAAACUAUAUCAACCAUUGGAGAGUGAAACUCACAGUUUCCAACUACAACUAUAACAGAAACUACUCAAACUGGAACAUCCUAGUGCAGCAUCCAGGAUUUAGCCAAUCAACAGAAGCAUUUAGUUUCAAUAGAUCGCAACUUCCAUCCUUCAGAUUUGGGGAUGAGUUGGCCCUCUUUUGGGGCAUAGAGGAUUUCAACACAGAGCUUGUGCAGUCAACUGAGAGCAAUAUGGGGUAUGUGACGACAGAUGUUCUUCUUGAGAAAGAUUUGGAAUCAUUCACAUUAAGCAAUGGUUGGGCAUUUCCAAGAAGAGUAUAUUUCAAUGGAGAUAACUGCCAUAUGGCUUUACCAGAUACCUUCCCAAUGCUACCAAAUGGGAAUCCUAAACAAAGCCUCUCACUUUACCUCUUCAUUCUUCUCUUCUUUCUUGAACUUUUUGUUUUGGUGAAAGUAUAGUAUGGGUCGUUUGGCAGCUUGGUUUUGUGAGUACAAGAACUAGUGAUUUGUGAGCAUAGGGAAAGAUAUGGAAGUAAUUUUUUUUAGCAAUAGUCUUCUUAUUGAUAGUGGAUAGAUCAAUAAUACUACUUGACAUGUCAAAGUCAACAAUGUUCUUUUUCAAUAACAAAGAUUAUAAUAAACAGUUUCAAUGUUUAUAUAAA